UGGUGCGACUUCAUGUUUUCGUGUCAGCUGACAGGUUUGGCGCCGUCACCCGGGGGGGGGGAAUUGGGGAGAUUUACCUCGAAGAGCCGCAGGGCCCGGACCAGGGCGCCGACCUCCUCCUUCAGGGAGAAGAUGCAGGUGAUGACCUCGGACUUCUUGUUGGUCUCCUCCUCCAGCGCUGGAGCCAAUCCCAGCUGACAUUGGUCGAGAGGCGCCAGUCUAUGGCAGGGCCACAUACAGAGACGGACAACCAUUCACACCUUUUGCAUUGCAGCCUACCCACCAUGCUGGAGUGUGUGGCCAUGAUAUCAACUUCUAAAAGUGGGCUUCUUUACCCUCGGGCUGAUGAUCUCGUCGGCAGGGGAACCGGGUUCACCGCCCUCCGCGGCCCCAUGACCAAACACAAAAGGUGUUUCCUCGCCCGCGGCCGUGGUCACUUUCACCCGUCACUCAGACUUUCUCCGCCCGUCCCGCGGCGUCUGCGCAGAUGCGGCUCCAGGACGACAUUCGCCUCCUCUCCCACCAGGCCCCUCCUCCGGUCAACAUCCCUUGUCCCAAGUGGCGGCGGCCCCUCCCAUCGAAGCUGUAACCUCUCCUAAUCCCCCCCACCACCACCACCCCUUGUUGCCCAGGAGACGGCUCAGACGAGCAGGUGAUGCAUUGACAGGGAGCAGAUGGUUCCCUGUGGAGGAGCUCCAGGGCCUCGAUGGGAAAACGGGCCUUCCAGAAAUCAGGAUUUCAAGCCUCCUCCGAGACCUGCGGCCCGACCCCGCCGUCCCGUCGGCGCGAGCACCUGGCCGCCCAACGGCUCCCGCUCUGCUCAGCACGGGAGACCCCUUUAUGUGUCUUUUGUCAGCAAGGCCAUCUUGUGGGAUAGAGGACGCUGUCACUGCGCUGCCCGCGCUCGUCCAACUUAUCGCCCGUGUCCGUGUCCGCGGUUCUUGGCUCACAUGAGAGCUCGUCCCGAAGACCUCAGACCUCCUUGUUUCCAGAGCUCCAGGUCCAGACCGCGGCCUCCGUCUCGGGGGAACACGCCCAGCACGCGCAGCCCUGCUGCCCCAAAGACCCGAGUGCUGGAGGGACACCUUCAUCUCAACAAAGACAGAGGAAGAAGUGCCGAGCAGAACAAGGCCUCGAUCGCAGGAAGGAGCUCUGCUGCUGCAGCUGCUGUUGUUGUUGUUGUUGUUCCCUCUCUUCCACUUCCCGCCACCCCAACGCCGCCCACCAAUAGUCCAACACCUCCCGACCAAAACGCCCUUCACCUGAACUCUGGAAGAAGAGAAGAGUGCGAACCAAACACCGCGCCGGCGUCUCCCUCCUCCCGCUCUCGUCCUCUCGCUCCAGAGGAGGAAGAGGAAUCUCGGGAGCGGGAGGAAGAGUCCGUCCCGGAGCAGGACUGGGAGCUGCAACUCGGGCCUGCGGGGUCUGAGCGCUCGCCACCAGCGACCCCCCUCUCACACGGAUCUCUCUCAGAUUUGAGUCGCCCGCCUUCCAGUUUGUUCAGCCGCAGCACUCACCUCACCAGCGGCAGGAGCAGCGUCCUGUCCGCGUUUUCCGGAGACUCAGACCCAGAGGGCAGCGGAUGCUUCUCCCCGCCCCGGCCUUCCCCAGCGAUGCGGUUACCGCUGACCACUCCACCUCCUCCUCCACCAGCAUCCAACCCUCCCCGAUCCUCCAUGAGCACCACCACCAACAGCACCGACCCUCCCCUCUACGAGCCGCUCUUUGGCCAGGCCAAACCUCAUCACGCGUAUCGCUCCACGUCGCGCCUCCGUCCCAACUCUGUUGAACCUCUGAGUCAUCGCGAAAGCGCAAAAACACCAGAGAGUCUCCAACGGCGGGACGCGUGCGUAGAUCCCGGUCUUGACCCGUCCUUGGACUCCAGUCGUGGCCUCGGCACGCUGGCCUUCCCCUCCACCACUUGGUCUUCCUGCCCAAGUCCGCAGAUGACCACUCCCUGCUCGGGGUCGGGAGCAGAGCUGACCCCUUCUCCUCCACUGAGCCGGUUGGAGUCCCGGCGCUGGUCCGUCCUGCCUCCCAUCUCCCCUGUCAGAGGGUUUACCACCAUGGCUCUCUGUGCCGUUGCAGGACGCUGUGGCUCGGAGGUGUCGCGCUACUCGGAGCUCAGCUGCAGCGGGUCCCGCGUGUUCGACGAGCUGGACGCCAUCGCCCCUCGGUCCACUUCCGGUGCGUCUCUGGACCUGGCGUCAGACUCGUCCGGCUGCACCUCACCUGGGACAGAGCUGUCUCCGGGCCUGGCGGCGCUGACGAUGGGCUGUGACUCGGGGAACCUGGGCUCCCUGUCCCGGGUCCAGCUGCUCCUCUUGGGCCGACCAGAGCCCGAGUGUCUGCCGAGUCCCUGCGGCCUGGAGGAGGAGGAGGAGGAGGAGCUCGAGCAGGACUGGAGCGCUUUCAGGAUGCGGUACGAUCCAGGACUGACUUCAGAAGGUGUGUUGAGGCCCCUCACAGCUGGCGGCGUCUCUGAAAGGUGUGACUCCGCAGGGAAAGUCCAGGGAAACAAAUCGGAUCAGUCUGAAGGAGGUUCGGGCUCACCGUCUUCAUGGAUCAUAGACCCGAGUCCGUCGUACGGCAUGUUCAGACCCUCGCGCUCUCCCUGCCCGUCCAACCACAGUUGCGGCCCAGAUGAAGGGGGCCCCCCCGAGAAGGAGUCCAAUUAUCCAGGGUGGAGGGACCCGGUCGGGUCCCCGGCCGGAGGGCGGAGCCCCGAGAGUUUGGAACACAGGAAUGAAGAUAAAGAGAGAAGGAUCAUGGAGGAGAGGAGGAACAAGGUGCUGAACGUGCUCUCCAGACUGCAGGAGGACACCCCUCGCCGGGGCGAGAGCAGCAAAGGCUGCUGCAACUUCGAGGACUUCGACUUUUUGGCAAAGUACUGCAUUUUCAGUCAGGAGAAGCUGGACGAGUACAAAAGAGCUUUUGAAGCAGAGGACAGUGACGGCGACGGCUACAUCUCCUGCGUUCAAGUUCUACUUGCUCUCAAAAACAUCAUCCCUCCAGAGCUGCUGUCUGACGAAGAGGAGAUCUACGUCUGCCGGAUCCUGGAGAUGGUGGACUUCAGGGUGACAGAUGGGCUCGUGGACCUGAGGCUCUUCUCCGUGAUCGCCAGUCUGGCGCAGAAAAUCGCCUCCAUGGACGACUUCAUGCGAUCGCUGAUCAGCAGCAUGGACUUCCGCUCCCUCGAAGUGAGGCUCUUCAAAGCGAAGUUGAACGAGCUGGUUGUGGGCGACACCAGUGGGAAGCUGCUCGUGUAUAAGAACGAUGACGCCAAACCCUGGAUCACGAGGACCUGUGUGGGCAUGCUGACCUGCGUAGCAGUCGGAGACGUCUGCAACAAGGGAAAGAAUCUGGUGGUCGCUGUGGGAGCGGAGGGCUGGUUUCACCUCUUCGACCUGACGGCCGCGGCGGCGAACAAAGCCGAUUCGUCCAGUCAGCACGAGUUCCUGUCCACCGACGAGCAGAAGCCCUUCUUCACCCAACACAUUCCCGCCAACACCAAAGUCAUCCUGAUCAGCGAUAUCGAUGGUGAUGGCCGCUGUGAGCUGGUGGUGGGCUACACGGACCGGGUGGUGCGAGCGUUCCGUUGGGAGGAGCCGUCUGAAGGCUCCGACCUGGGAUCUGGUCAACUGGUGCUGCUGAAGAAAUGGCUGCUGGAGGGGCAGGUAGACAGUCUGUCGGUGAACCCGGGUCCAGACGGUCUACCGGAGCUCAUGGUGUCCCAGCCCGGCUGCGGCUACGCCAUCCUGCUGUGCUCCUGGACACAACAAGACUCCUCUGGCUCUGGGGAUGACGCCCCUGCCACCCCCGGGAGUGAGGGGCCUUCUAGAGACAUAAUUCUCCAUCUGACCACCGGGCGGAUACACAACAAGAACGUGUCCACUCAUCUCAUCGGCAGCAUAAGCAAAGGUUCAAAAGAGGAAUCUUCUAAAUGUGGACUCUUCGCUCUCUGUACUUUAGAUGGUACCCUGAAGUUGAUGGACAGCUCUGAGCAGCUGCUGUGGUCCGUCCAGGUGGACCAUCAGCUCUUCGCGCUGCACAAGCUCGACGUCACUGGUGACGGCAGAGAGGAGGUGGUGGCGUGCGCCUGGGACGGUCAGACCUACAUCAUCGACCACAACCGCUCAGUCGUGCGCUUCCAGUUCGACGAGAACGUCAACGCCUUCUGUGCCGGUCUGUACACAUGUAAGGAGGGUAAGAACAGCCCCUGCCUCGUGUACGUGAGCUUCAACAACAAAAUCCACAUUUACUGGAAGGUGGAGCUGGAGCGCAUGGAGUCCACGAACCUGCUGCGGGUGCUGGAGGAGAAACCAGAGUUCAAGGAUCACAUGAAGGUGCUGGGUGUCGCCUUUGGCCAAACGGUGAUUGUGAAGAGGCUUGUCUGCUCUCCGCCUCCCAACGUGGGAAGUGUUUCUAAUUAUCGACACUCCCCUUCUUCUACGAGGCCGUUGAUUUCAAUUUGAGAUCGAGGAGUUCAGUCGUCAGAUAUGCCCUCGGCUAGAGAAAGAGCUGCAGUCAAAGAUAGUGUUGAGCAGAAUGCAAGAUGCCGAGGACCCGGCGGCGGUGAGAGCGCUGGUGGCAGAUAUUCUCUAUAAGGAUUCACACACGUAAGCACCGCGACAUGUACAUCCACACAAUGCUGUCUCCGUUCUGUUCCACUCCCUGACUGUAAAUACCUAAUAAACACUGACCUGUCUGACUGUC